AUGGACGAUGCUGAGAGGUGGGCAGGAAAAAACAACGGAGGAGGGGAGGGCCAGGGGGACGCCAGGGAUGAGGGCAGGGCGGAGGACAGGGAGGAGGGCAGGGAGGAUGGUAGAGAGGAGGGCAGGGAGGAUGGUAGAGAGGAGGGCAGGGAGGAUGGUAGAGAGGAGGGCAGGGAGGAUGGUAGGGAGGAGGGCAGGGAGGAAAGCAUGGGGGAUGGUAGAGAGGAGGGCAGGGAGGAGGGCAGGGAUGAAACAACAUUUGCAUCGUGA